GCAGUUUAUCUGAACUUCCCGUGAAUGCUGUGCUGCUGAGAAAAGCACGCUUGUAUCACAGAAGAAAGACGAGGACUCCUGCAAAUUAUGAACAUAUACUUUUGCGGAAGCAUUCGGGGAGGGCGACAGGACGUGGUUAUUUAUCAGACAAUAGUGAAGAAGUUGCAGCAGUAUGGCAAUGUUUUAACCGAGCAUGUGAGUUAUGACAGCCUGUCUGACAAGGGUGAAGAUAAAGAUGGAGAUAAAGCCAUUCAUGAUCGGGAUGUGCAGUGGCUGACGAUGUCUGACGUGAUAGUAGCAGAAGUGACGCAGCCAUCUUUAGGUGUUGGUUAUGAACUGGGCCGAGCUGUGGCAAUGAACAAGAGGAUCCUCUGUCUCUUCAGACCUUUUUCUGGAAAAGUGCUCUCCGCCAUGAUCAGAGGAGCGUCAGCCAAACCACUCUUCCAAGUACAAGACUACAAAGAGGACGAAGUGGAGAACAUCUUGGAGGAAUAUUUUGAGACUCUCACUAAGAACUGAUGAGCAGCUGAUCAUAACAAAUCCUAUGUGCUGCUCUUAUUCAAAUCAACAGGACUGCUUUGGUAAGCAUUUGUAGUGAAAAUGCAUAUUAAGCAUACACAGUGUAUUGUUACUUGCUCUUGAAUAAAUCUGGUUUUGUUAACAACAC